AAACCAGAAUCAGGAUUCCGGUACCUUGUCAGCUUCCUUCGACACCAAGGUAUUCGAGUUCAGCAGCAUCGUGUUUGGCAGUCCCUGCGCAGAGUUGACAGGCUGGGACAAAGGCUGAGAGAACGACGUGUUACCAGAAGACGAAAAUACCGAGUUGCUCGACCAAAUGCACUAUGGCAUGUAGAUGGUCAUCACAAGCUCAUUCGAUGGGGCUUCGUCAUCCAUGGUUUCAUUGACGGGUAUUGUCGCACUGUAAGUCAAUUAAUUCAUAUAAGUAACAAUACACCUUACUGUACCAACAGAUAA